AUGAUGGCCGAGCUCACCACAGUGUCGGCAUCUUGUUUUCUUCUUGUCGCAUCUCACCCCUCCCAUACAUCGCCUCCUGAGGCACAGCCUGCAUCGCUCGGUUUCGCGUACGAUGCGCCAUCUCUGUCGAAUAUCCCGGUUGACCUCGCAAACAUCGGAGUAGUGGACACCGACUGCUCCACAGAAGAUGCACGGCAUCGCCAUUUCCUGUUCGCUGCGGAUCUGGCCCGCCUCGAAUUUGUGUGGAGGGCAAGUCCUUUCCCUUGCCAGUUCGCGAAUCCUUUGCUCCAAGUCUCGUUUCUCGACGAAAACGCGCGAUAUCUCUUCAUUGAGUAG